UCAAGAAGUAUGUUUUUGUAACUCUUGUUUAUCCUGUAUUACUGUUUACCCUGAAUGCGUCACAGUUUACGAUGAGCUGACUGUGUUGUGCCGUUAGCUUGACUGUUACGUUUGUGCUGCACUUUCACGCACGUCUUCCACACGGACAGCCGAGUGUCACGAUGUCCGGCGUGAAGAUCCGCGAGUACCGCGACGGCGACUUCUCUACGGUGCGGGAGAUUUUCUCGCUGGGCAUGAGCGAGCACGUGCCGGCGUCCUUUGUGCAUUUCCUCAAGCAGCCGCAGUGUCAGAUGCUGCUCGUGUGCACCUUCUGUGCGCUGCUAGCUAGCUCCAAGUCCUUCCUGCUGCCCGUUCUCGCCAUCACGCUGCUGCUGGCCAUCGUCCGCCAACUUGUGGUCUACAAUUUCAACAACUACAUCGAGAAGUGCUGCAGCACAGAUCUCAAGAACAUCAGCGAGACCUACAUGGCCGCCCGGGACGCCUGCUUCUGGGUGGCGGAAAACGAGGGCCGCGUGGUGGGCAUGGUGGCCUGCCUCCCCAAGGACGGCGUCGCCGACUGUCUGGAGCUGAAGCGUUUGUCGGUACUACGCGGCCAUCGCGGCAGGGGCGUGGCCAAAAAGCUGUGCCAGGUGGUGACGGACUUUACGCGCGAGCGAGGCUACGCCGGCGUGGUCCUCCACACUUCCAUGGUGCAGACGGACGCGCAGAAGCUGUACGUGGCCAUGGGGUUCCGCAAGCUGCGAGAGUUCCCGGAGGGCAAUCUCGCCGCCAAGCUCAUAAACUUCUCGCUCAUUGAGUACAGACUGGAUCUGCACAAAGACCACGCGGCAGAGUGAGUCUGCGGACGUUCUGUGACCACGUCCGUUGCGAAAGCGCUCUUUGAGAAGCCAGAAGGAGGCCCGCGCAACCCAGAUGUGAGGCGGGACACGGUGUGCAAUGGGCAAUUGUUUUCCUUGUGCUAAAAAUGGUAUUGCUUGUGGUUCACUCUUCAUAUAUAUAUAUAGACAUCUUGCCUUAGAGACAAUGGAUGGAUUGAAUAACUGAAUCUGAAUGGCACAAUCUGAAUUUGAAACGAUAGACUUUUUUUUUCUUUG